AUGUCCCAACCAAUCCUCGCUUUCACCCCCUCCUCCUCCUCCAGCACCUCAACCACCACCCCAAAAACAACACCCAACCUCCUCCCCUGCCGCAUCCACCACGACGGGUCCGUAGAACCUACCGACUCAUUUUGGAAUCCUCGUGAAGAAGAUGGUCUAAAAACCUCUUACUUCCGCGGCCGCAAGUUGCACGGCAAAACUCUGCCUCUUCCCUCUGGUUACCGCGGCGUGGUAGCAUCAAAAACCGUCAAUCAGCAGCAGCAGAACCAAAACCAGAACCAGAACCAGCCACCAAGAUUGUCAGAGCAGAUGUCCUUCGUUAUGGACAACGAUAACGACAACAAGCCAGCAGAAGUCAUCGAUCUUGAAGCUGAAGAGAGUGGGCAAGGGUCACAGCAGCCAGAAGUAGGAGGAAAGAUGCAAAUCCAAGCAGAGUUUGAGGAAGUGGUAGUUUGGGGACAUGAGAGCUUGGCUGAUGCUGGUGGGGAUGCGUAUGUUAGGGGGGUGGAGGAGUGGAUUGGGUUUGCGGAGAGGAUUCAUGCGUUUUGA